AUGCAUUUCAGCGCCCUUUUCGCUGCCUUCCUGACGACCCUCGCCGUCGCCAGCCCUCUUCCCGCCGCCAACCCCGAUGCUGCCCCUGCAAUUGUCGAGGAUUUUGCCGCCGCGCCAUCCGCGAACGCAAUUCUCAAGACUCGCGAUGAGACGAGGUUUAAUAAGGAUACGGAUGAGAUGAACGAUGAGUUCAAAAAUCUCGUGGAUUUCAAUCACAUAAAUCCUGCUCAGCUCACGCCGGGCUACCAUGUUCAGACGGCUACUAUAUCGUCGCUUACGAGCGAACCCGACAACCUCACUGCCCUCUAUGCUGCUAGCGAUCUGUAG